CUACUAGUUCAAUGAAGCGCAUUGAGUUAUUAAAUAAUACUGCAAUAAAGCACGCAACGGCAUAACACCGCCUAUAUUCCACAUAUAUACAAGCACACAACUACAUACUUUACAUUAAGUCCAACAGCGCCACAGGACUUUGCUUCGCUUCAGUUUUGCCUCAACACUCAACGCUCAAUAAACACCAGCCGCUGAAGCUUACCGUUUUUGUUGUUGUCGUGAAUCGUUCCACUACGCCUUGCAAUGUCCAAUUGGACUCAACGCCGUCGUCGCCUCUGCAGCGUCGCGUUCUUCUUCAGUCUACGCGCCGUGCUGCUCACCGCUCAAGUGAUGCUCCUGGCGCCGCUUCUUCGUUCCAAACGGCGCGGCGCAUAUCGAACGCACGCCGUUUUGACUUGCUUCGCGCUGCUCGUGCUGCUGCUCUUGUGUGGCGCCACGCCAUUCCUGCUGCGCAUCAUCGCCUCAACGUAUGAGCGGGUGAGCGUGCAAUUUGACGCCAUUUUCCUUCUAAUCGCCAUGACCUCUCAAGUCAGCGACAUCAGCAUUGUCCUAAUCUCUAUGCUGUCGCAGAUCCGCCAGCGCCGCCACUUAUGUGACUUCCUGAAUCAGUUGCAGGACACCGUGCAACGCGUACGCGCCAUACAUGGACGAAACUUCAUAACCGCGCGGGUUCUGCUAUUGUUGUGGCUGCAGCUGGGACUAACGUUGUACGAUAUGUUGACGCAGCUCGUCUUUCUCGCCAAAUUGUCUUUCAAAAUCGCGCCGUGGCAGAUUGUGGUCAACCUGUUGUCGUUGUACCUGCAGCAGUGCCGUGCCACGCUGCAGUUGGUGAUUAUGUGCUGCGUUUUGUUGCUCAUCGCUUGCUAUACUCAAUUGGCGGAGUGCUUGGAGCGUUUCUCAGAGGACUCAAGUGCCGAGCUGACAAAUUAUGAGGAUUUGGUUUGGCUGCAGAAGGUUUUGUACAAGCUCACCCUCCAGCUAAAAGACGUUUUUCAGUUUCCGCUCUUUCUGCUUGUUGUCGGCGAAUUCAUUAGCGUAUUGGCCAAUUUGUAUGCGCAGCUUCACUAUUACGUCACAACGAAAGCUUGGUGGUUCGCCUUUGUCUUCUAUUGCGCUAAGAUAAGCGUUGAGCUGUACCUGCUCAUACACGUCGUCUACUUUUGUUGCGUGUUGCAUGAGAAAGUCACUAACCUCUUCCUCGACCGCGAUAUGGACUUCGAGGAGCCGCAUUGCCGCUUCGAAUUAACCCACACAGAUGUACUAUGGCCGCAACCGAUUAGGUUCUACAUCCUCGGCAUGUUUGAGCUGAACAAUGAGUUUUGGCUGUUCUUGGUUUCUUAUUCCGUGAAUUUCAUAGUCAUCAUUUUGCAGUUUGGCUUCUUCACCUAGAAAAGCGUUUUGUGGCACGUAAACAGAGGGGUUGUUCGCAAGUUAUAUAUUUUCGAUGAGCUUUCUAUAAUGCGUAAAGGUCGAGUCAGCUGUGGUCAAAGUAGUUACUUGUUUGCUAUAUA